UUCACCCUCCUCAGUCUCCCCCAGUCCCGAGCUGUGCAGAGAAGGCGCGAGCACGGCGGAAUGGAGCGCUAGUCUGCGCUUUCCCGCCUCCCCGCCCCGCGCGCUGGAGUAACCGCUUUUUCCAACCGUUGAUUUUUGGCGGGCUUGACAUCAGCCUUCCCUCAGCCCCGUUCACUAGCUCUGGGCAGAGUUUCAGCCCAGCUGCUUGCACCCUGAUCCUGGAGCUGGGUUUUCCCGCUUUCCUAAGCCCGGGGAAGGGUUUUACCCCAGUUUCUCCUCAGCUCCUUGACCUGUCAGGGGCUUGUCCCUCAGUCGUUAGCAGUGGACACGUUUUUAUCUCAACAUCAAGGAACUAAAAGUCACUAAAAUCACACACAGCACAGCAAGAGCCGAGGCCAUAAAAUUAAAUUGCAGGAUUGUGAAGCUUCAGUAGAAACACCCAGUAUCUCAAGACUCACAAUAAAAUGAAGAAAGUUGGCAACACUGCUUAUAUAGUACCACAAUUGCAUAUCAUUUUACAAAAGUUUUACAAAACUCAUCACAUCUAGAAAUGAGCAAAAUGUAAUUACUCUGUUAUAGUGAUUUUAUGUGCACAAAUAUAUGACACCAGGUCAGAUAGGAUUAAAGCCAUUUAAACAUUUAAAGUGAAAUGAUGUACAUGAAAUAGCAACUCAAACUGUGUGGUCUAGGAAUAAAAUACCAUGUGUGUAUUCUAAUUCACUGUUUCUACUUAUAAUACUGUCACAGAUUACUCAGAAAGGAAGCAUGGCAAAUAAAAAUUCAUGUUUGUCAAAUGUGAAUGUACUUUAAAAGUUAAUUUCUGUUAAUUCUUCCCACAGAAUCUCCAGUUUAUAAUGAUGGAUUCUGGUCAUAUCAAAUACCUGCUGCAAAAGGGAAGUGUUUAAAGGUUUUGGGCUGUUAGAAGAGCAAAUUUAUCUCUUCCAUUUUCACAUCGUGUGCAAUGGGUGCAGUGGCACUAUUUUUCAUAAAAUAGUUAAACCUUCAGUUCUUAUUCAUAACCAUCAGGCAUUCUAUUUUGAUGAUUAACUUUUCCGGGUUUAUUAUAGCACCACACUUUAUAACAAUGUUAAAGUUAUGGUUAAAUCAUCACUUUCAUUUUAAUUCCCUAUUUUCAGGGACUUAUACAAAAUUACCCUUUGAAUUGAAAGUUAUAACGAUUUGUUUUCAUUUCAAAGGGGAAGAUUUUUUAGAAUGUUUAAAUUUAUUAAAAAUAAACCUGGACCAAAAUAGAUGUAACUAUGCAAAAUAUUUUAUUUUACUUAAAAAAUAUAAUAAUGGGGGCCUUGAUCUUGGAAAGUCUUACUCAUGUAGUAUCAUUUUAUGCACAUUAAUGGUACCACAGAAAUCAGUGAGACUACUCACACAAGUAAAGUUAAUAAUGUGCCUAAAUUGAUAUACAUAAACUGUUACACAAAUAAUGAAAUGAAGCUGAUGAAAAGCUGCAUGUACUUUAGUUAUAUUUAUAAUGUGAAUUAGAGAUUUUUUUCUACAGGCAGAUUUAAUUGAAAUAUAACUUUCACACGGGGAAUUUGGAAUAGUUAAUAAAUUAUUGCAUAUUUGGAUAUUGUGAAAGAAAUGAAGAGAAAUUUAAGUGACAAUUCAUCUCGUAGCACAGCAGGUUGUCUACCUGUACCACUGUUUAAUCAGAAAAAAAGAACCAGACAGCCGCUAACUUCAAAUCCACUUAAAAAUGAGCCAAGUACCAGCACUGUGACUCAUAGUUAUGACUUUUCUGCUAGAACAACUGAAUUAGGGUGGGAAAUUGCAAAGCCAGAGCUGGCUCAACUACAGAAAACAACAAACAGUGGCCAAAUAGAACCUUCUAUGGCUCCUUCUCUAUUGAAACAACAAAACACAUCAAAGCCUAAUAUAUCAAAUACUGGAAAGAACCUGAAUAUUUUGAGAGCAGAAGAAAAGAAUACCAAUGCUAAAGUUUGGAACAGAAAUGAGCAUAUGUCGCCAAGUAGCAGAAUCAAUUUGAUAUCCGAUAGUGGAAUCAUUCGAAAGUUUGAGAAUAUCUCAAAUAGUCUGAGAACUGUUCAGCAGCACAAACUACCUGACCAUCAUAAGGCAUCACAGCAUAUUGAGACAACUGUAACAGGACGAAUAUGUUCAUCCAAAGCACAAUGGCCAGUUAUAUCCAGCACCACAUCAAGAAGUCUACAGGAUCAUAGUCCAGCAUAUAAAUUUAAACAUAAUAUUCAACAAAAUAAAGUUAAUGAAAAACAAUUUGAUCAUGUUCCAGAAGACAAAAUGAUUCAGAAAGUUCCAGCAUAUCAAUUAAAACUUAAAGAAAAUGAUAAUUCUCUGCGAAUUAUAAGUGCAGUCAUUGAAAGUAUGAAGCAUUGGAGCCAGUAUACUUAUAAAACUGCACUAUUAUUUGAAGUGUUAGGCACACUUGAUUCUGCAGUCACACCUGGAGCAUAUGGAGCAAAAAGUUUUGUCUUGAGAGAUGGAAAGGAGAGUCUGCCAUGUGUAUUUUAUGAAAUUGAUCGUGAGCUUCCAAGACUAAUUAGAGGUCGAGUCCAUAGGUGCAUGGGCAACUAUGACACAAAAAGGAACAUCUUCAAGUGUGUGUCUGUAAGACCUGCAACUGUUGUAGAACAAAGAACUUUCCAAGAAUUUGUUAAAACUUCAGAUGUUGAGAUGAGAGAAUAUGUGAAAACAAUGAAUGAAGUUUAAAGUAAUGUUUAUUUAAGCAAUAAUUUAAAGUUGAGAUCACACUCCCGUUGAUCAACAAGCAUAAAUGCUGCACAUCUUGAGCAUUUACAAUAGCUCUUAUUAAAAGUAUUCUUUUAUUAAAUACUUGAAAGCACAAUUAUAGUAUGUGUUAUUUAAAAAUUAAAAUAAAAUUGUUCCGGUUUGUUUCUACCAUUAUAUUUCCUAGUUUAUUGUGCUAGAUUUUUUUGUUGUGUGGUUUGUUAGAUUUUACUGAAGGAAUACAGGCAGUUCUCAGCUUUACGACACAAUUGGUUCCUUACAAUUGCAUUGUAAGUUGGAACUCGGAACCACAAUCUACUCCAUUGCGGGACCAAGCGUCAUAAACUCAAAACCUAUAGUCGGAAGUCGAAUCAGGGUGUCCAUGUAGAAGCGUCGUUAAUUGCAGUUCUUUGUAACUCGAACGUCAUAGAGUCGAGGACUGCCUGUAUUACAUUUUGGUUACAAAUACAUGAAUUUAUACAGACUCAACUUUUAGCUAAACUAAUGUACCCUGAAUGUAAACAAUGAAUGGAUUUUGUAGUAUUAUCAUGGAAGGUGGAAGGAACAUUCCAUUCAUAGCACAAUUUCUCACCCCUUUUGUCUAACAUUGAGGGUACAGCUGUAUGGCCUAUAGAAGGCUGAACUGGGAGAUGUCCAUCCUCCCUUCCACCAACCCCACAGACAAUCCAUUGAAGUGUUAAUAAUUUAGCCUUAGCCCUUUAAGGGGAAAGGAGUAGGGGAGAAUCAUGGGGAGCUGGAGAGAGUGCAGAAGUAUAGGGCCUCUCCAUAGAUGGUCUUCGCUUGUAAAGGAUCUCAAAAUGUCUGAGGGUAUAGGGCUGAAUACACUGCCCACUCUGAGGGGAACCUGUUCACCCAAAUGAUCUACAGGCUCAUCAUACCAUUUCCGUCCCCUUGUGCAUUGCCUGUUUGCCUCUUCUCAUAGAGAAACCAUCUAGUCUCAUGUCAGAAAUUUACUGAGAAUUAAAUUAAAUUAAUUUUCUUGAAUUCUGAAUUAUAUGAUCAUUCAGUGCAAGUGUAAGUAACUGGAGCAAAAUAAGGUACUAAUUCCAUCAUUAACCUAAAUGGCUUAGAAAAAUCAGAUAAUCAAUUCUAAAUGAAUUUAUUGUUGCUUUUUAGUAUGUUUACUCCAAGAAAUUAUUUUGAGAAAAUAAGAACUUUUAUUUCAAAAUAUUAACCAUAUAUUUCAUCUAAAGAAUAAAUGUUUUUUAAAAAAUGAUUUUCAUUGCAGAUAAAUAUAAAUUAUAUGUAGAUCCAUAUUCUGACUGGCUGGGCUACAGCUGCAGAAGUUGCCUCUCUUUUUCUGGCUCUGCCAUGUAGAAGUUCUUCUACAGGCUAACGUAACAGGCUUCAUCCCAGAACAGCUCGGCAGUGCCUAUCUUAGGUAUUUAUCUGGUCCCCAUUACUGAAGUAUCCAAUUGCCUCAAUCUUUAAUGUAUCCUCAACAUCCAUGUGAAGUAGGGAAGUACUAUUAUCCCUAUUUUAUAGAUGUGAACUGAGACACACAGUAACAGUAAGUGAAUUGCCCAAAGCCACGCAAGAGGUGGGAGAAAGAGUAGGGAACUGAACUUGCUUCUCCCAAGUCCCAUGAUAGCAGCCUACUACCAACUGGAUUAUAUUUGUACAGGCCAGGUAUCACAAACUAUAAAUUUAUAUGCCUAUGCUUCUAUACACAGACACCUAUAUAGAUUAUUCCUAUAGUUGCCAUUUCCUUAUCCCAUCAGUCUCCCCUUAAAGUAACUGCUGUGCAUCUUAUCUGACUGCAACUGUAAAACAAAAGCAAAGUCAGGAAAAUAGUGAACAAUGUGAAUUAUUUUAUUAUACAGUGUUGGCAAUUGUAAAUUUCACAUUUAAAAUAAUUGAAAUAUUUUAUUCAACAAGUCAAAUACAGAAAACAGUUAAUAUUCUAAAAAGGAGGCAGCUAGUCAACGCAGAAACACAGUAAUGGAAAAUACAGCUUUUAGUUACACUUAAAAAAUUAUAUAUUUAGAAUAAAACUUGAACCUGAUCCAGUAAAUUUUCUGUUUUUUUUAACAAGAAAACUAUUAUACACAAUAUAACUCACAGACAAUCCUCAUUAAAAAAGUGAUUUAUCAGUGUUAGCAAAUGUAUUGGUAGUAAUUCCUCCUAUUUAAGUUCCAGAGGAGCUUCUGCAGUAUAUGCUUUGCUUACUCUGGUUUGAGUCAGUUACAGUAUGAUCUCUACCCAGAGUUAUAAAUUGGCUCUGAAAAUGGACCUUUUACAUGGCAAUUCUGUCUACCCCAUUUUAGAUCUCACCAGUCUCCAUUAAGUUUUUGUUAUUUCCUUUCAAUGUUUAAAAUUAUAUAAAGGACGUUCAAUAUGGAAGCAUUAGUUUCACUCUUUCUUAGAAAGUGGAGGAUACAGUGGAAAAAAACAUGAGUUUUUAACUUGAUCGUUUGUUCAAAACACUGAAAAUAAAUUUUCUAUAUGUAGUUUGGUAUAGCAAUAUUGUAAAUUUUAAGACUCCUACUGAGAAAAUAGGUGAAAGUUAUAAAGGAAUUUCAAACUAUGCAUCCAAUCCUGCAAACAUUUACGUAACUUUAUUCACAUGUGUAAUCCCACUGAUUUCAAUUGGAUUACUGAUGGGCACAAUUAUGCACGUGAGUAAAGUUAUGUUUAUAAGUGGUGAUAGGAUUGGGCCCUCUGUGUCUACUAGAUAUAUUAUGGGUAUUAAUAGAAAUCUAAAAUUAUUUUACUUUUGGUAAGCAAUUAAAUCUUUGCAAAAAUGUUUUCUAAUUUACACUAACAAAUCACUUUUUCUAGUGAAACAUUAAGUGAACAAUCGUAAACAUUACACAAAACAGAGAAAAACCCACAGAAUACAAUUUUUACACAUUGUAUAACAUUUUCAGUGGUUGAUGAGAAUUUUUUUAAAUAUUGAUCCUGUCUUCUAUAAUUGUUCUAUUGUAAAGGCACAGGUUGGUUAGGAAAGAAAAGCCUGCAUCUCUCUCUUUACUUUGUGGUUAUGGGUUUAUCAUCUGUUUAUUUUCUCAAUUUUUACCUUCUGAAUGUUAUAUGAAGCUUUCCAAUCUAUUCCAGCAAUUUAUGAAAUGAGCAUAAGACACUACUAAAAAUGCUACAUGCUACAGAGAAGACUGAAGUCUAUUCUGCCUUUAGGAGGGCAGAGGAAAUUCCUUCAGCUUCAUUUUUGUUAAAUAUUUAGAAGAUUUCAUUCCUUAGUUCUCUAUGACAAAAACCACAGAGCUCUCUCUAUUUACUUUAUUCAGCUGUGAAAUAUGCAUUUUUAAACAUUAAUAAUGUAAUUGAAUUAUAUUAUAAAUGUAUCUGCAUAAUUUGCCCUUUCGAGCUCAUGAUUAUGUAACAGUCAGCUAUUAGAAAAUAAUGUAAUGCUUAAUUAAUUUGAGUUUAGAAGGCUUCACAAUGU